AUGGCUGCAAAAGAGGAGGUUAAUCCUGAGAAGCUAUCAUUAGCUCUAGAGCCAGAAGUAGCUGCUAUAGCUGCACAGCAUCAGUCAGCAGUAUCAGGGUCCCCUCCACAGAGAUAUAUGGUAGUUGAUAUAGGAGGAGGUACAGUUGAUAUUACUGUACAUGAUAAGAGUCAUGGGAGAAUUAGUAUAGUACUACCACCAAUGGGGAACACCUGGGGAGGUACUACUGUCAAUGAAGCAUUGUCAAUGAUACUGGAAGAGAUAGUCAAGGAUAAAGGGUUUAAGUCUUUCUUAUCUUCAGAUCCAACUCGUGCUAAAGCUGCACUGAAUAAAUUUUUCUAUGGAGAGUUUGAAGAACGGAAAAAAACAUUCGGCGACACAACUAAAGGAAUUAGAGAAAUGGUACUGACACUACCCAAAACUUUUGUAUCAUUCUAUGGUAAUCGCAAGCUACGUGAAGUAAGGAAGAUGAACAUGCAUUAUGAUCCUGGAGAUGGUUCGUUAGAAAUAAACUACAGUCAAUUAGAAGAGAAGGUAUUCAAGUCAACAGUUGAAAAGAUUCUUGAGUGCGUCAGGGCUGCUUUUGAUAAGCUAACAGAUCAUAUUGAUACAGUUUAUCUGGUAGGAGGGUUUGGAGGGUGUAAAUUUGUUAGACAAAAGAUAGAAGAAGCUAUUGGUCACCAUCGUGGCAUGCUUUAUGAUAAUAUAGUGUGUCCUGUACAACCAGAUCUUGCUGUUGUAACAGGAGCAGUAAUGUGGAGGAAGGAUCCUAACAUAAUCCAAUCACGUGUUGCUAAUGCUACCUAUGGGAUAGAAUGCCAGCCUGUAUUCGACCCAUCAAUACAUGAUGAACAUUACAAGUCUGUAGAUGAAGAUGGUGUACAACGCUGUGCCAAUGUCUUUAAAGUAUUUGUACUCAAAGGAGAAGAGAUAAAGGACGAAGUGUAUAAAGGUAAAUUUAUACACAGUUCUCAGAUCGAUACACAAAUUUGUAUCCCUAUAUACUGUACAGCAGAUGAUGGAGUGCAGUAUGUAAGAGAUAAAGAAGACAAACCAACAGUACAAGAGAUUGGCCAGCUGGUACUUGAUGUUUAUGGUAACAAACCAUGGGAAGAGCAAAAACUUGACAUAUUUAUGGAUUUCAGUGGUACAGAGAUACUGGCAAGAGCUCAGUAUCGUAUCACAGGGAAAGAAGUGAAAACAGUUUGUGACUUUCUAUCAAAACAAGACUAA